GCUGGAAACAGAGCACCAAACAGAGAUCGCUGUUGCGCGCCUGUACAAGCAGACGCGAGCACCCGCCGCACGGGAGGGCAGCCUGAACCCAUCCUAGGAGCCAGGGGCAGCCAAGAACCAUGCCCGCCACGUCCCCCGUAAACAAUACCCAAACACCUGGUGGCGGCUGGCACCGCGGCACCACCAAUGCGGCGUCCGAGUUACUAGGCGCCGUCGACGGCAUCGCGGCGGGCCACAAGGACAACAAGACGGCCCAGAAGAAGAUUGGGAAAUUACAGAAGAAACCGAAAAAGAAGUCGGCCGACAAAAUCCUCGACUCGUACACUCUUGGUCUGAGACGGGCUAAUAAAACAAGGGAGGUCGACCUGGGGCCGUCGGAGCGGUUCCAUGUCAUCUCGUACGAAGAGGGCGACGACGAGAAGCUCGGGAAGAGGCUUGGCUGUUUGAGAUGUGAAGUGCUCCAAGCGGGCGGCUGGAGUAGCGCCGGGAUUGGCGACGUUUUGAGUGCGGAGGAUGUUUAUGUACUCCUGACGGUGGAUGGGUUGGUGGCUCGCACGAACACGCGGAAUGAUGCUAGAGCUCCUACGUGGCACGCCAAGGAAAGACGCGCCUUCGAAUUGGAAGUCAGAGACGCGCGCGCGACGCUGUUCGUCGCCGUAGCUGAUGAAGAUGAUGCCCCGAUGGAGAUGGACGCCUACAUCGGCCGAUGCGCUCUACCGUUACGAGCGCUGCGACCGUCGACGACGUACGACGCUUGGUUGCCACUACGCUUGGAAGGGACGCGAGACGAGGAAAACGCCAUCGACGCGAGACAUUUAGUGAAAGGUCGAAGACUGAAAGAUGCGGCAGCUCUCGACCCGACGCAGAAGAUGUCCCGCGGGUCUGUGAGAUUGCGACUCCGGAUGGACUGGGAAGACGGAGGUGUGGCCGCCGCGCGAUCGGUCUUGAUGGGCGGGCCCGUGCUCACGAAGCACGUCGUCUUGCCGGAGACGAUUUCCGGACGCAAGCAACGAGAUGUUGCGAGAUUCGCGUUGUGGGGAGAGGCCGGCGACCACGGCGACCCCUGUGUCGAGCCCGUCGCGACGCAUCGCGUCAUGGACCACCUGUCGGAUUUACUGGAUGCGUGGGCGUCGCUCAAGGGUGCCUUACCGGCUUACAUCGGUAGGUUAUCUAGGUACGAGCGACCUCUACGAUCACUACUGGCCUUCGCGGCGUGGUGGACGACGUGCCAGAACCCUCAAAGGGCGUGGGCGUGGUUGUGGGUCCUCACGGCGUUAGCUUUCAGAGAUUCGCUGUACGGCGGCGGCGACAGCCAGCUCCAGCAAGCGCAGUUCACGUUUCUCGACUGGGUCAAGCUGGCUGUUUUUGGUAAACAAUUAACUCCAUUGAAACCGACGACGAAGGAGGACGCCUGGCUCGCGGAGAAGAAGGCCAUCGUGCGCGCCGCCAUCGUCUCAGAAGAACUAAAAAUGGAGGACUGGCGUAGAAAACACUUAAAACCCCCUCCCAAGGAACCGGAACCCACCACAGAGGUGUACAAGACCUGGUCCCUGAAUCCCUUGGCGCCUCUCUUGCGACCCAUCCAGAAGGCGUUGCUGAAGAACGUGCGGAAGAUCCGGCCGCUGCAGAACGCGCUUACGGGACGCGACGAUCCGGUGUUUGUCUCGACGUGUGCCGGGGUCUGCUUUCUCAUUGCUGGACUACUGUUUGUCUGGUCUGAGCUUAUUCAUCAUCAUGUGGCUCAUUAUCUAGCUGCGUUGAAAUAUGCAUUGGUACGAGCGAUCGGCAUCGCUCUCUUCGGGCCCCAGAACUUUCUGCUGGUACGCUCGAAGAAAGCCAAGAAACGGGCCGCGCAAGCCAGGGAAGCUCUCAUACUCAUCGAUGGCAGGAACCGCUUCGCUUAUCUCAUACAAAAGACGUGGCGCGCGCACCACAAACGAGUCAAGGACGCCGAGAAGGCGCGCGAAGCCAAGGAAGCCGCUCUCGAGAAAGCGAGGAAGCUUCAGAUCCGGAGAGAUAAGUUGACGGCGAAGAUGCACGCCAAGGGCCUGCAGACGGCCGAGGAGAUCAUCAAGAGUAGGACGGAGGCAGAGAUCGCGCAGCACGACGCGGCCGCCCUCAUGAAGCUCGACGCGACGCUCGCAAAACAGUUAACACCGAGAAAGCCGCACAAACUAGCCAACGAGUUGGGUAUAGGCGAGUACGUCGGCGAGGCCACUAGAUUGCUAGAAAAGACGCCCAAUGGCUUCAAGAUGUCCAAGCCGAACGCGACGCCCACGGAGUUCGACCCCAAGGGCAUCAAGACGACGUCGCACGUGCGCGAGACGUCGUUCGCGGACAUCGUGAGCGUGGCCCCGAACGACCCGGCCAGGCCCAAGACCGUCACGUUCUCGCACCGCGAGGAGGGCUCCGCGAAGGCCCACCGGCUCAAGCAGCACACGCUGACCUUCGAGAACGAGCGGGAGGCCGAGGACUUCGCGGAUGGGCUUAGGGCUGUGGUUAGAUUGCACAACCGGGGCGAGCUCGGAGGCCACUCGGCCGAUCCGCUCGAUGAAAAAGAAGCGUUGUUGGCGAAGCUCGAGGACGAGACGGACUUCGAGCAUACCGUGGUCACGGUCCCGGAGCCCGUCGUCGGGGGUCUGCUGCCCGCGGCGCUGGUGGAACGAGGCGCGUGGUUGUGUCCGGCGCGGUCGCGCGUCGUCGACGAUAAGGGCACGAGCGAAGCGCCGAUGUCGCCGCGGCUCACCGAGGAGGAGGAAGACUUGCAGGAGGACUUCUGAAAAGUAGAUGGGUGCGGUUCCCUUUCCCCCCUUUCCCUCCCUCCCGCGCCCGUAAAUUGACAGAGCUUACUAGU